CUUAUCUGGUUUUCUUCUUAUCCAAUCCUAAAGCCCUUUGAAAUCUCCGAUACGUUUUUCUUCUCCUAAUCAAGAGCUUUCCGCUAUUCUUCUUUCAUCUUUUGUUCGUAAUUAUCUGCUUUAUGGGGGGUUCUUUCUUCAAUCUUUCUCAUAAGAAAAACAGCUACGGACUACGGUUUACCUCUUUAUCUUUGAUUUGACUGGUUGCCGAUAAAAAAAAAGGGUCCUUUAUUUGACUGGGCUAAUUCUAAUCUUUCUUUUCCUUCAAUUUUUGGUGGCUGUCGGUAGUUUCCCCUACUAAUUCUGACCAUUUCUGUAGCUACCGGACUGAUCUCUUUUGCUGGAAAUCUCGCAUGAUGGAUUUGAAUUAAUCUUGCUUGGAAGACGUUCAAGGAUUAGCUAACACCCCGAGACCCAUACUUGAACAAGAAGAAAUCCCGCGAGCCGUAGGUGAAAUUGCGCAAGUGGCGAAAGCACAGCAAGAGAAAACCACCACCGAAGAGCGAGAUAAAUUGGCAGCUGUGGAACUUGACCAGAAGCUACCGCUGGUGACUCCUAUUGCUGAUGGUGGUUUCCCGAUGUCCUGUGAGGUUGCCAAAGAUGAACCCACAAACGAGUCCGCUGGAAUGGUUCAAAAUCAACUGCCUGCCUUAGAAAUCGCGCAUGCAAUGGAAGGAGAGGGUACAUUGUUGUCUCAAGGAGACCAGGUCGUGGAGGUUGAAGAGACUUUCGGGGAACUGAACUCUUCUACCCACAAGCUGUUCGAUGAAAUGCCUGAGUUAUUUGGUCUUGAAACCACAUCAAUUUCUAGGUCAGUUACGGUCGGAUUUCGUAAAUUCAAAGGUGUUGGUGGUGAUUUUGGUGAAUUAUGGUCUGAGGGAAUGAUUGAUUUACUCGGCAUGGAGGUGGCCUUGAAUGCUGACAAGAAGUCAUCUAAGGGAGGUUCUGUUCGUGGCCAUUUAGGGCAGUUCGUGGCCAUUUAGGGCAGGACGAUGUACUUGUCAGUGUGAACUCGAAGGAGGCGGUUGGUUUUCUUUCUUCGGUUGCUUGUUUUUUUCUUCCUUGGGGUUUUUGCCUUUUUUUCCCCAUUGCUUCCGUUUUUUUUGCUUGGAAAAUUGUUGGUUGGAGUUGGGGGGGCAAAUUUAAAAGUUUUUCCAUUGUUCGUUGUUUUUUUGGCAAUUUCCCCUUGGAGGGCUUUUCCCUUUUUUUUGUUUCAUUCCUUGAAUUUCCUUCUUUGGGGCAUUGUUUCUUUUAUUUUUGGAAUUGCACCUUGGUUCUUUUUUUUUGUUUUGCGGCGGUUUUUUCCCCUUUUUCUUAUUGGGCUUGUUUUUGAUUUUUUGAACUUGGUUUUGUUUCUUGGAACCCUUUUAAUUUUUUUUUCCUUUUUUCAGGGUUUUUUUUGUUGGCUUGAGGGCGGGCUUUUUUCCCUUUUUUUUUUGUUCUUCUUUUUGGCCAUUGUUUCUUUGUUUUUGGUUUUUGAACUUUUCGGAAUUGCUUCUUGGACUUCCAGGUUUUUGCAAUUGGGUUUUUCUUUUGAAGGGUUUCCAAGGGAGGCUUCCAGGUUGUUCUUUUUUUUUUUUUUUUUGUUGGUUUUCCACUUGAGGGGUUUAUUUCGUUAUUCCGUUGCUUAUUCCAGGGUUCCACUUGGGGGGCUUUUUGCUUGUUUUCCGUUUGAGUUUUCUUUUAUUUCUUCUUUGGGGGAAGGAUGUUCUGAAGCGGAAGGGAAUGAUAUGUGGUAAAUAAAUAAGGCAUGUGGGACCUAGAUGAUGAUAUGGCUGCCAAGUGGGAUUAAUUGUGUGUCGUCGUUUUAUGUUAUCUCUGAGGUCGUUUUAAAUAGGGUUAGGUUAUUUAGCAGCUUUGUGUUUUAUUUUUAAAGUAACUCAAAAAUUGUUUAUCUUCUUCAACCUCUACUAUUCUCUGUAAGCCUAUGUUUGGGUAAAAAUUAGUAAAGAAAAGGAAAGGAA